AUGGGGAAUAAGAAGAGCGGGAUGCUCUCCAAGGAGAUCCUUGAAGACCUGAAACUGAACACAAAGUACUCAGAGGAUGAGCUGUGCAAAUGGUAUGAAAGCUUCCAGAAACAAUGCCCUGACGGGCGCAUCAGUCGGUCUGAGUUUGAAAAGAUCUAUGCCAAUUUCUUCCCCAACUCGGACCCCAAGGUAUAUGCUCGGCAUGUCUUUCGAAGUUUUGACACCAAUGAUGAUGGGACGCUUGAUUUCCGGGAGUACAUCAUCGCUCUGCAUCUGACCUCAUCUGGCAAGACCAACCUCAAACUGGAGUGGGCUUUCUCGCUCUUUGAUGUAGACCGCAACGGAGAGAUCAGCAAGAACGAAGUUCUUGAGAUCAUUGCAGCAAUAUUUAAGAUGAUCCCUCCAGAAGAACAGAAGAUCUUGCCUGAGGAUGAAAACACCCCCCAGAAACGGGCUGACAAGCUGUGGGCAUAUUUUAACAAGGGAGAUACUGAUAAAAUUGCUGAAAAGGAGUUUAUCGAUGGAGUGAUGAAGAAUGAAGCUAUAAUGAACCUCAUCCAGUACAGCCCCAAGGAAAAAUAG